AGCUUGAAUCUUUGAGAUCAUAUUAAGCAAUAUAUUUCGAUUUCUUCAGAAGUUUCAAAACUGAUUAUUGCCGCUCCAGACUUUUUGCAAUCAUUUAACCCUCAGGCGUCACCAGGGCCAUUUUUGUCCAUUUGAAGGUUAUUUUGCUUUUCUUUUGGACGCCACUUCACCCUUGUUUGUGCAUAUGGUAUAAAAUGUUGUUGCAAAACCUCUCUCUGGACAAAUUUCGAAAUUCUAUUUGGAAUUUUGAAAAUAGACUAAGGGAGCACUAUGGAAAAAAAAACACUAUACACUUGUGACCUUAAAGGACAACAAUGUCCACUUGUAAACACACACCUGCUUCCUGUUUCCCUAAUUGCUCCUCCCUGUCUAUAUAAGCCCUGUCUUGUCUCUGUGUUGUGUCGGUCCCAAUGUUUGCUGUCAGUGUGUUUGUAUUCUGUCAGUCUUGUCUUGUCUCCAGUGUUUCUUUGAUCUCAGCCUUAUCCAGCCUCCUGUGUUUUUGGCCUCUAGUUUUUGAACUGCCUUUUGGAUUUGCAGGCUCCCAGCCUUUUGGAUUUAUUUUAGUUUUUGGCUCCUCCAAUAAAAGGAUUUUUCUUUAUCUACUCCUGCCUCGUGUCUUCCUGGGUAUCUGCAUUUUGGGUCCAAACUUUCCCUCCAAACCGUGACAGAAUGGACCGACCAACCAGGACCCAGCGGAUUGCCCGGAUGUAUGAUUUUUAUGGUGACCUGGACUCCUGUCGGACUUUUGUCUUGGACUUGGUGGGGUGUUGUGGCCCGAACAUGUUGGACACCAAACAGAUUAAGACGGUGCCCCAUCUAAGGGGAAGAGCCCUGCAAUGGGCCAGCCGUUACCUCAAGCAAUAUCCCUUAGAGGAGUUGGAUUUUUGGGAUUUCGCAGACGAUCUGCGGGACGCUUGCAGCAGCCCACAAGCUCCCUCCUUUGCAGUGGAUCACAAGCUGUCAGCAAGCGCCAUUGUAAGAGCCGUCCUCUCAGCAUCUUCCAAGCGCCACACCUCCCCGCCUCUGACCAUCAGAACCGGCUUCGUCUCCUUCUCCCCUGAACCAGUUGGCGCCGUCUCAGCACCUCUGAUGGGCCAAAUCACCACACCCUCACCUGAUCCCGACAACGCUGCCUCUUCAUCCCUGGUGGGUUGUUAUUCCUCCUCAUCUUUUGUUUCUGCCGUCUCCACACCUCCGUUGACCCAGGACCCCCCACGUCGACGACGACGCAGCCGCCGUCAGAGGUCUUCUGGGGUCAGCGCAUCGCUUCAUGCUCCAGCGGUGGUCCCGAAGGUCGCAUUGCAUCCUGCUCCAGCGGUGGUCCCGAAGGUCGCAUCGCAUCCUGCUCCAGCGGUGGUCCCGAAGGUCGCAUCGCAUCCUGCUCCAGCGGUGGUCCCGAAGGUCGCAUCGCAUCCUGCUCCAGCGGUGGUCCCGAAGGUCGCAUCGCAUCCGGCUCCGGCGGUGGUCCCGAAGGUCGCAUCGCGUCCUGCUCCGGCGGUGGUCCUGAGGGUCGCAUCGCAUCCUGCUUUGGCGAGGGUCGCAUUGCAUCCUGCUUCGGCGGUGGUCCCGAGGGUCGCAUCGCAUCCUGUUCCGGCGGUGGUCCCGAGGGUCGCAUCGCAUCCUGCUUCGGCGGUGGUCCCGAGGGACGCAUCGCAUCCUGUCUCGGCGGUGGUCCCGGAGGACGCAUCGCAUCCUGCCUCAGCGGUGGAGGACGCUCAGGCUCCGGUCCAGCCCGUCCACGAGGCUCCGUUCCAAGGGUCGACGGCUCCGGUCCAAGGGUCAACGCCUCCUAGCUCUGAAAGAGAUGUUCCCGUCUCCAGCUCUGAAGCAGACGUUCCCGUCUCCGGCUCUGAAGCAGACGUUCCCGUCUCCGGCUCUGAAGCAGACGUUCCCGUCUCCGACUCUGAAGCAGACGUUCCCGUCUCCGACUCUGAAGCAGACGUUCCCGUCUCCGACUCUGAAGCAGACGUUCCCGUCUCCGACUCUGAAGCAGACGUCCCCGUCUCCGGCUCUGAAGCAGAUGUUCCCGUCCCCGGCUCUGAAGCAGACGUUCCCAGCUCUGAAGUGGAAGCCUCCCCGUUUCCUGUCUCAAGUCCCCCAGUCCCAAGUGUUCCUGUCUCAAGUCCCCCAGUCCCAAGUGUUCCUGUCUCAAGUCCCCCAGUCCCAUGUGUUCCUGUCUCAAGUCCCCCAGUCCCAAGUGAUCCUGUCUCAAGUCCCCCAGUCCCAAGUGAUCCUGUCUCAAGUCCCCCAGUCCCAAGUGAUCCUGUCUCAAGUCCCCCAGUCCCAAGUGAUCCUGUCUCAAGUCCCCCAGUCACAAGUGUUCCUGUCUCAAGUCCCCCAGUCACAAGUGUUCCUGUCUCAAGUCCCCCAGUCACAAGUGUUCCUGUCUCAAGUCCCCCAGUCACAAGUGUUCCUGUCUCAAGUCCCCCAGUCACAAGUGGUCCUGUCUCAAGCCUCCCAGUCACAAGUGGUCCUGUCUCAAGCCUUCCAGUCUCAAGCGUUCCUGUCUCAAGCCUCCCAGUCUCAAGCGUUCCUGUCUCAAGCCUUCCAGUCUCAAGCGUUCCUGUCUCAAGCCUCCCAGUCUCAAGCGUUCCUGUCUCAAGCCUCCCAGUCUCAAGCGUUCCUAUCUCAAGCCUCCCAGUCUCAAGCCUCCCAGUCUCAAGCGUGUCUCCCGGUCUCAAGUGUUCCAGUCUCAGUCCCGGUCUCCAGAGUCCCAGCCCCUGUCUCCAGAGAUCUUUCCUCGUCCUCCUCCUCCAAAAGCCUCUAUCCCCAGGGUUUCCUGGUCCCGCCUCCUGGUCCCCCUUCGCCGACCCCCUAGACUUCUCUGGUCCCGGCUCCUGGUUCCCUGUCGCCGGCCUCCCGGGGUCUCCUGUUUCCCCCCUCGCCCGCCCUUUUUGGUUUGUGUUUUGUUGGUUCCCUCCUCUCCCUCCCUCUGGUUUUUUCGUGUCCUGUGUUGUCUUGUCUUGUGCUUGUUGUUGUUUGUUCUUGUUUGGGCGUCUGGUAUCCGCCCCUUGGGGGGGGGGGGGGGGGGGGUACUGUCAUGUUCUGUGUCCCUUUGUUCUCCAGCUCCUCCAGUUCCCACUCCAGUUUCUCCUUUUGUGUUCUCUUGGUGCCCUCAUGUCUCCUUUGUCUGCAUCUCUGUUGUGUGUCAAGUUGUAGCUCCAGCCUCUUGUUCCCCAGUUCAUUGUAUGUGUGUGUGAGUUUGUGUGUGUCAGUAUGUGUAUGUGUUUGUGUGAGUCCUUCCCUUAGUCUUUAGGUUUAGUUUUGUGUUUAAUAUAGUUUUAGUUUUAUCUGCCCUCCACUGGUUCUCUUCCCCAUCCAGAUAAUUGGUGUCACCUGCCUUCCCUCCAGCCUCACUCCACACACCUGCUUCCUGUUUCCCUAAUUGCUCCUCCUUGUCUAUAUAAGCCCUGUCUUGUCUCUGUGUUGUGUCGGUCCAUUGUUUGCUGUCAGUGUGUUUGUAUUCCGUCAGUCUUGUCUUGUCUCCAGUGUUUCUUUGAUCUCAGCCUUAUCCAGCCUCCUGUGUUUUUGGCCUCUAGUUUUUGAACUGCCUUUUGGAUUUGCAGGCUCCCAGCCUUUUGGAUUUAUUUUAGUUUUUGGCUCCUCCAAUAAAAGGAUUUUUCUUUAUCUACUCCUGCCUCGUGUCAUCCUGGGUAUCUGCAUUUUGGGUCCGAACUUUCCCUCCAAACCAUGACACCCACCCCCUUCCCCCCUCUCUCCCCACCUUUUGUCUUUCCCUUUCUCUUUCACCUCUGUCUCCGUGUCUGGUCGGAAUUACAAGCAUUCAAAAACAAUAACAAUAAAGUUUUAAGUAUCAGGCGUGACAUUAAAAGCAGACGCUUUGAUGCUCCACCUGAGAAUAAAUCUGUAAGGCUUGUUACCAGCAUUCGGACAUCAAUUCUGUUUGCUUCACAGCCAGACAGGACACGGUAAAAAAAAAAAAAGUUAAUUAGGUGAUUCAGAUGAUUAGGUUAAUAGUUCGUUUAGAGAACUUUUUCAUGAUAUGCUGAUUUUUUGAGAUGGGAAUUUAGGGUUUUGAUGAGCUGUAUGCCAAAAUCAUCAAUAUUAGAAACAAUAUAAGGCUUGAACUACUUCAGUUGUGUGUAAUGAAUCUAAUAUAUAUGAAAGUCUAAUGUUUAUCAGUACAUUACAGAGAAUAAUGAACUAUCACAAUUUGCAAAUUUUUUGAGAAGGACCAGUGGAUUAUUUUAUUGUUUACAUCAGAUAGUAAAAUGAAAAAUUUUCCACCAC